AUGGGUUGCAACUUUCCUUUCUUGAGUCAAGAUGCCUCACAUCCCUACACCUCAUCUCUCUCGUCUUCCGCUUCAUCAUCAUCUUCUUCGGUCUUCUCCGUGGAUACUGCCUCCUCUCAAGCCUCUCUAUCUUCAACAACGAGCUCACUGCCGCGCGCUUGGGACUGCCGUCAAGCUGAAGGAUGCCCGGCUGUGAGCGAAGCGUUUCCGCAAAAUGGGAGUGUCCCUCCUCAACUUCCAAGUUGGUGCCAGAGCCAAACCUCCCUUCCGCCCCUGAGGACCGUGGACGUACCUGUGCCCCCGGAGCUCCGCCAAAACUCUCGUCGAUGCUCGGUCACUGUCAACCGGCGCGCCCCACCUGCCCUUGUGCGGCAAAGUGAGCGCACUGUCAAGUUCGUUGACAGCCUCGUUGACUCUGCCACUCAAAUGGUGGAAAUCAUCUGGCCCUUGUCGGUACCGACGUGUCGCACCGAGGCGACGUCUGGACGAGGCGUACUCCCUCUCAGGACGUUCAUCCAGGAAACGCUCCGCCGGUCUAGGACCAGCUAUUCGACCCUUCAGGUUGCGCUUUACUACCUGAUUCUCAUCAAGGCCCAUGUUCCGAAGUACGACUUCACUAUGGAACAGCCCGAAGAUCAGUCACUUCGUGCUUUGCAGUGCGGCAGACGUAUGUUCCUUGCGGCGCUUAUUCUUGCGUCGAAAUAUCUUCAAGACAGGAACUACUCUGCUCGUGCAUGGAGCAAAAUUUCCGGGUUGAAAGUUUGCGAGAUCAACACCAACGAGAUGGCUUUCCUGAAGGCCGUCAACUGGAAAUUGCACAUCACGGAUCCAGUCUUUGAACGGUGGCAGGCUAUUGUCCUCCGCGCAGCUCCUUCGUCGCAGCCGCCCCCGUCUCCGGGUGCGCCUCAACUGCGCUAUGGGUUGGAUGAAUGGAAGACUCUCAUUCCCCUCCUUACACCCGAGUUGGAUACUGUCGACAUAAUCCGGAAGAAUUCCGCCCAUUUGUGCAUUCCGAGGCAAUUGACCCCUCCCGCAUCCGCCGUUGCUUCUUCUGCGCGCGAUGCUUGGGGCACAAAUGUACAAAUUCCCCGCGCGAUUGCUACACCUUUCUUCCUGGAACCAACGGUUGACAAUGCGCCCCCUGCACCAUUGUUGGCGCGCCUAGGACCUUUGCCUACGCCACAGAUGACCCCUCAGACCAACGUCACAAGCACUCCUGCAGCGAGUGUAAUGACGGCUGGGCCGAGGCGUCCUUCUAUGUGCGCUGCUAUGGCACAGCACCAAAGCGCAAUGUCGACUCGCUGCAACCUGGACCAGUGGACACCUACUCCGAGGUUUAAUGGCCUGGAAGCCUAUCAAAUGUCGGGCAGACGACCAUCGCUUGCGAUGUCUUCUACUUCUUCGUCUUCUUCCCCGGAAUCAAUGAUAUCUGACAACUCCUCGCGUUCUUCGCGCGCUUCUUCGAUAUCUUCUGUUUCGUCUGCAGCUUGGGCGCCGAACAACGCCAAACUGGCGAGGUUGGCGACCUGCCGCAAUGCGAAACUGCCUUACUUAGCGCAGCAGAAGGAUGCGGAGAUGACGGAGUAUACCACGUUGGAUUCGAUACCGUCCCCAGGACUUGGAAGCUUCCGGAUCAAUGACGCCUCUGAAGCUAGAUGCUUGGCCAACCAAAGCGAUGAAGUGUCGCCGCGCACCAUUAAGAUCGACGAUAUUCCUAAAGGCCGCAAGCGCUGUAGGUCCUCUGUAGACUUAUCUUUGCAGCAUAAUGUCCGGAGCCUCCUCCGUGACAAUGCUGCUGCUGAGACUUUGCUCUUGUUGGACAACUGUAAACCCGAGCAAGUCUCGUCUUCCUCCGUGCUGCCGGACUGCAGCCUUGCCUCCUCAUUUAUGGUUCAUACGCCCACUGGAAUGAUUCCAACCUCGGGAUUGAACGCGAACGUGUCGCAGUCCCCGUAUUAUGCGAUGACUGAAGUACGACACCCUGUCGAGAAGGACUUUGGUCGGAAGCGGGCCUGCUGCGCCAGCGAAGUCGCUCAAGCACUCCGGAGAAGAUCGGGCCCUGGAAUGUGGGAAGGAAUCUUUUGA